GUCAAUGUUAACGAAAAUAAACAUUUUUUAAUUUGUUAAAAAAGUCUUUUAAAAUGAUAGUUCGUUAUUAAAGAUAAAACGAUAACUAUCAAAAAUCAUCGAAAUGGAUCUGGUCACUCAAACAAGCCUAGAAGCAUUACUACUAAAAGCUACGAAUUCCAAAAAUCUGAACUUCGAUACAGCCGCUGUGGAUGCAUUUUGUACCUUGAUUAACAAGGACAAGGAUGGGCCCCACGUUGGAGUCAAAGUCAUCGCUGCUCGUCUACCUACAGGCGAAGAAAAGGAAAUGUUACAAACACUGAAUGUUUUGGAUCAUUGCAUGUCCAAGUGCGGCGUAAACUUCCAAAACGAAGUAGGAAAAUUUAGAUUUUUAAACGAAUUGAUCAAGUUGGUUUCACCAAAAUAUCUAGGCUCCCAAACACCUUUGAGUGUCAAACAAAAAAUCUUACAACUAUUGUAUGUUUGGACAUUAGAUUAUCCCAAAGAAACUAAGAUUAUCGAAGCUUUUGAUAUGCUCAGAAAGCAAGGGGUUGUGAGGGACAUUCCGAAUCCAAAUGUUCCUUCCUUAGAUGCUAGCAGUGUUUCGAAAAGAAAGGUGGCGAAUUCUGUCUUUCAAGAUGAGGAAAAAUCAAAAAUUUUACAGAAGUUAUUACAGAGCAAAGAUCCGGAGGACAUUCAAGCUGCAAAUUGGUUAAUAAAAAGUAUGGUUAAAGAAGAUGACAAAAGGGCUGAGCUUAAAAGUAGAAGGGUCUCAGAACUGGAAUCUGUUCAAAAUAAUGUAAGGCUCUUAAACGAAAUGCUGGAUUCAUAUAAACCAGGAUAUUCUUCAACUGGUGAACUAGAUCUCAUUAAAGAAUUAUAUCAAAACUGUGAAAGGCUAAGGCCUUCAGUAAAUAAAUUAAUUUUAGAAACUCACCAUGAAGAAGGAAUGUUAGAUGACAUUUUAAAAACAAAUGACGAACUAUCAUCAACUUUUGAUAAAUAUAACAUACUGAUUGUUCAACAAAAACAUUUGCCAGAGAAGCCAGAUUCGGCUGAAUGUCUUCUUCAGUUUGACAGCACCAGUUCCAAAGGAUUACUUAUUGAUGGCAAAAUUAAAACGGCUCAGAAUUGUGAUAGUGACAAAUCAAUUGAUGUCCUAUGUGAUAUUUUUACUGCAUCUGCUUUAUCAGAUUCAGGAGAUGUCUUACAGCCUGUCACUCUUGGAAAAUGUGAUACCACCGUUUUAGGUGAAAACAGCAAAGAAAAGUCAAAACCCACAGGCUUCGAUGAUCUUGAUGUUCUUGGAGAUCACUUACUAAGAGAAAACUUACAAAGCUUAAGGCAAGUUGGGUUUAGCAGAACUAACACUGAAAAGGUACCAAUGAACCUAUUAAACAAAAUAUCAGAAAUAAAGCAAAGCCAACAAACAACUUCGAAUCCGCCAACAAACAAUAUGGAAUCUUUAAACCUUGAUUUAAAUUACUUGCUGAACACUAAAAACGACACCAACUUAAACAGCAACGAAAUGAAUAAAUGUAACGACACCUCCGACGAUUAUUUAGUUGACAUAGCUGACGAAACUAUGUUGGAAGUUGACAAGAAUCCAGAUUCAGAUGCUAUACACACCUUAUCUGCCAUAUCAAAACUGGAAAAAGGCUCUAUUGAACAGAAUACGGUGUCGGAAAAAUUUGUUAAACCCGAGGUGAAGCUGAACGAUAUCUUCGUUGACUUGAAAAGCAUUAAACCAAGCGGUUUGCCACCUAUGGUGAUUCUUGAUGAAAAGAAUGGCAUAACUGUGACGUUGCACAUGGCCAGAGAUGAACCAAGGGACGGAGUUAACGUUUUUGUCAUUACAACUGUCAGUAAGAAUGAAGCGCCAUUGAGCAAUUACUUAUUCCAAGCCGUCGUUCCUAAGGGAUGCAAAUUGAAGCUGCAACCUCCAUCGUCAACUGAUCUUCCCGCAUAUAAUCCAUUUUUACCGCCGUCAGCCAUUACUCAAAUAUUAUUAAUAGCGAACCCCGAAUCUCUGAUGAUCUCUCUAAAAUUUAUUGUAAGUUAUGUAAUGGACGACGAAACGACUACUGAAAUGGGCGAGGUGGAGAGGUUACCAAGACUUCACUAGUUUUUAUUGCGGAUAAAAUAGUGUCAGGGUUUAAAAAACGGGAAACACAACUGCAAGUUUUGCCUUGUUUCAUCCCACAAUACUAUCAAUUUUCUAAACUUAAAAAUACUUUGGCCGUAAGAGGGGCUAAGGUCUUGUAGGACUGUAAAAACUAAGGUAUUAUCUAAUUUUUUUUGUUGAUUAAUUCAACAGAAAAUAUUUUAAUUUAAGUCAAUGUAUUUAUCCUUAACUUAAUAAUCAGGAACAUUAGCUAUAUGCGAAAAGUAAACUUAUUAUUCUCACCAAAAGCCAGUUGGGAAUUGGGGGCUAGAAUAUUUACCAGUGGAGAAUAAAAUCCAGUUCAGGUGUAGUACACCCUGUUUUUAAACCAGGAGGGGUAAACUCAAAAGACAUAUUCACACCCCAUAUUGUCACUUGAAAAAUCACCAAAUUCGUCUUCUUUUUAAAAAUCUAAAAAUUAAAGGAAUAAAGCAAAAAACACAAAAAAUCGCAUAUAUAACUUAAUUAACCCUUCGAUUUUAAAUGCCAUUAGUGUCAAAAUUUGAUAAAUGUCAUUAGAGUCAAUUCAUAAGUUAGUGGAGUAAACUUGCCUACGGUUGGACCAAUGACAAACAAGCAUUACGGCGCGGUAAAUUUGAAUUACUCCUAGGCUAACUACGAGGUAUAGUUACUGUACAUGUCUCUCUUUGAUUUUUAAGGACAAGGAAAACAAUAUUUUUUAAGUGAUUGUAGAACAAUUUACUGAGCGGUGAACAUUAUUAAUAUUAUAAUAUUUUGUUUCUGCAUAAAGUGUAUGUUCCUUUUCAAUAGGCUGGAGACGGAUCUCAUUUGCUUAGAAAAUAGUAAGUUCAUUAUUACCAAAAAGUAUUGUAUGCUUUUUUAACACUUUUUGUGAAUUAGAUCUAGUCAUUUUUGUAAAAAAUAAAUAUUUGAAUGUUCAGGUCUGAUGUAUGGAUACGAUUUUUGUUAUUUACAGAGAACUGUUUGUGUCUGUGGCAAUUCUGUUAAAACUCUAUUAUACUAAAACUGAACUAUGAAAUAACCAAAAAGAUCCAAAUACCAAGAUUUUUGAAGUUAUACUUCUUUAGGCACGAGGGUGAAUUUUUAUAUUCCCUGGCGCAUGCGCACACCGACAGUAUGGUAUUAGUCGCUACAUCUUUUAAGAGUAAACAGUAGCGACCAACAGGUAGCAACAAAAUAUAACUUCGGAAGAUAGUAUCAUAAACUUUGUCAACAGUGGUAAUCUUUGACAUUAUCUAAGAUUAAUAUUUUGACAAUAUCAUAGUCGCGCUAAAUGGAAGUAAUAGAAAUCGAUUUUAUUAUUAGUAAAUAGAUAUUUAUAAAAAUAAGCCAAAAUGGGCGAAAAUGUUAUGUUAAGAUAGGUAUUUAGAAAGGUAUUUGCACGAAAUAUCUAAUAAUGAAACAAUAAUAAAUAAUCAUUUUUUGUUGUGAAGCGAAACAAAUUUCGAUUUUCGCAUAAUUUUGGCACGGUUUUUAAUGGACUUUUUCUUGGAAGGUUUCACUUUAUCUUUCGUUUGAUUUACUUUUUCCAUUUUGUUGAAACUAUUGAUAAUAUUUUUAGAAUAAAAAAUCCUUCUAAAACUUUAUAUACUCGCAUUAGAAUUCGAAAUAUUUUUACGUAAAAUAUACUUACCUACCUACAUAUAACUAAAUCUCACAAUUAACAACAAUCUAUUCUUUCAAAGAGGCCAACAACUUAUACAACAACAACAAAUAUAUAAUAAAUUAACUAUCAAUAAACCCUACUUUCCUAUGAAACAACAAAAACGAAUUCUUAAAUUAACACACUACUGCACUGAACAGAUAUCGAUAAAGAGAAAAUCUGACGUAGGUUUGUCAAAAUGACAGUGAUAAUUUCUCUAUGUUGCCUAAUUAGUUAUUUAGUUAUAAUAUGUUCGAUUUCUUGUUAGAAAUAAAAAAUUUUAGUGGUUCCAAGAUUACACAAAAUCUAGGCAUGGGAUAAAAAAGUAUAUUUGAAGAAAGUUUUUUUUUCUUCUUAAUGGCGGUACAGGCUCCUUUUUUCAAUAUUUUAUUUAGUUAUAGAGUAAUUUCCACGUACUAACAUAUUUCUGAAAUUGGGCUCUGUACCGCCAUUCUUUAUUAUAUUACGAAUAUGUGUGCCAAAUAUCUCAACAAAAUAUUCAAAAUUAGAGCCGCAAUUUUGGAACGCAUUUCUUGCUACCUGUUGAUCGCUACUGUAGCCUCUUAAGUUAUGUAGCGCAAAUAAAGUGUGCGUGAAAAGAAUAUAUUAUAAUUAUAUAUUAUUAGUGUUUUUAGUAAAUAUAUUUAUUAUAAUUUUUAUGUCUGUGGAUUUGUCUUCCUCCUUAUAAGUAUUAUUGAAAAUGUUUAUUUUCAAUUAAUGUAUCUGUCACCGUCAUUGUAAUUAUGUCCGAGAAAUGAUCGACUACAAAAGCGGUGGUAGCUGAUCGGUAGAGCAUUCGCCUAGGGAUUGAGAGGUCCCCUGUUCGAAUCCUGACAAAGUCAUAUCCUUUUUUUGAAGUUAUACUUCUUUACGAUCGAGAGUGAACUUUUAUCACAUGCCGGGCGCAUGCGCACACAGACAGUAUGUAUUUCGCGUUGCUAAUCUUUUAAGAUAUGUAUGUAUCAGCGCUGUCAGCGCAAAUAAGUCAUAUUAUAUCAUAUAAAAGGAUAUAUUAGUGUUCUUAGUAAAUGUACAGUAGAACGUCGAUAAUCCGGACGUCAAAAAUCCGGCCCCUCAAUAAUCCGGAUUUGUAUCUAGCAAAAAUAUCUGAUUCUUUUAAAAUAAAUUAAGAACUUCGCUGCGAAAAACGAACCUCUACCGCAGUUCAAAAAUAUUUUACACAUUUUUUUAAAAGCCCAAAUACUGUCUGAUGUUUUUACUGUACACAUGGUGCUAUUAUAAAUUAAUUUAAAUACAGUGUUUAAACAUAAAAAAAUGUUUUGAUUAAUUUCACCUCUAGACACUUUACUGUACAAGAGAAAACAUAAAAUUUUAAAACGUUUGUUGUACUUUAAUGUGUAUACUGGCCUUUUUUUAAGGUAAUUUCGAUAAUCCGGAUAAUUUGUUCAUCCGGAUCGGGUCCAGUCCCAAUUAAUCCGGAUUAUUGACGUUCUACUGUAUUAUUUAUUAUAAUUUUUGUGUCUUUGGAUUUGUCUUCCUCGGGAAUAAGAUAUUUUAUAAUAAUAGUAAGUAUAUUUAAAGUAUUUUUGUAUACUUCACUUGGUCAAUAUGUAUGAGAAAUCUUGUAACCUGUCAAAGCAAAAGGGAUAUAGCUCAGUGGUAGAGCGUGUGACCGGAGAUCAAGAGGUCCCGGGUUCAAAUCCCGGACGAUUCAUAUUCUUUUUUUUUCAUAUUUUUGGUAUCGUUUUAAUAAAAUUUUUUUAAAAGUGGUAGGCAAAGAAAGUUAGUUUAAUAUUUAAAUAAAAUACAAAUAACCUGUUAAGUAUAUUCAACGUUAAGUAUAUUAAAAGUGUAUUAAACAUGCGUUGAAAUCAUAAUAAUAGAAGUAUAACUUCUUACGUGCGUACAAAGUACACACAUUAUUUUUUUUUUGUAAUUUAUGGUAUUCUUUUUGUUCUUUCUAAAAUUAGUUUAAUAUUUAAAUACAAUAAAAAAACUGUUUAAAGUAGAUAGGUAUAUUGAUUUCGUUGAAAUCAUAAUAUGAAGUUAGAUUAUAUUAUAAUAGAAGUAUAACUUCUUACGUGCGUACAAAGUACACACACACAUUCUUUAUUUUUCUUACAACUACGAGGCAGGAUGAAAUUUAAUAUAAGAUGAUCUUCCUUUACACUUUUGCUUUACAGUAAUAUUUACAAUAAGUAAAUAAUUUAUAAUUCUUGUAUAUUCGUCCAGUCUAGAUACAUUUUUCUCAUAUGGUUAUGUUCUUUAUCCCAAUUUUAUAAUAAAAAGGAAGUGGUGUUUGCCUGAAAUAAUGUGCAUACUAACUGUUUCACUUGAUUAUAUUAUCGUCAAAUUAAGCUCCUGCUAAUCACAUAGAACAAAGUCUGAAAUAUUGGGAGGACAUUCAAUAGAAGCCUAUAAAAACUACACCGUUUUUGCAAUCGCCCUCGUUUUUUGAACUAUUAGGAGGCUCAGAAUAACCGAAAAAUGAUUUAAUAAGUAAGCUACAAUAAUAAUUCCCUUACAGUAGAGGAAAUCCCCUCAGGAAACUUGUUUGCUAUCAAAACGUUCCGGUUGAAACGCUAUCUACAGGCAAACAGAUUUGACUGCAACCCUCAAGUUCACUUGCACCACAUAAACGAACAUCUGUCGUGUCUUCUCUUCACGGUUGCAGAUAAAUUGGUUUUACUGUACAAGUUUUACCUUAUUUUUAUCUUUUUUUUCAUUUGUCGUCAGUACGACAUAUACAUACAUAGACGACAAAAUCUGUUGUGAUCUAUCUCUCCCUAUCUCAUUGAAACCAUCACUUCUUCUCCCACCAAAAAGAGACAUUGCUAUAUAUACUUGAUUUAAGACAGAGACACAACGAACAAUGAAACAAAAAAAGAAUGUGUGUGUACGUAGUACGUGUACGCACGUAAGAAGUUAUACUUCUAUUAUGAUUCCAACGAAAUUAAUAUGUACUUUAAACAGUUUAUUUAUAUUUUAUUUAAAUAUUAAACUAAUUUUAAUACUUACUGCUUUCCAAAUUUUUUUAUUAAAACAAUACCAAAAAUUAAAAAAAAGGAAUAAAACACACACAAACACAUUGAAAAAUGCCACAAAAAAAUGAUUUCUGAACAAUAAUUGUUGGCAAAAAUUUUAACUAAAUACGCAUUUUCUGGAAAAAAAAUUAUAUAACAAAUAUACUUACAAUCAUAAAAUGUAUAAAAAAAAUAAAAACUUUCACUGGGAUUCGAACCCGCGUUUAUUCGGGUGCUUAUGAUUUGAAGAGGAAGCCUCUACUCCUUUGACCACUUACACGUACCUGUCAUGGUCCGAAGAUAGGCCAACUGAAAGUUUUACUGUUUGACAGUUCUGAAUUUAAUCAAAUUACAGUAAAACCUGCCGUAUCCGGAUCAAUGUGGCGACAGACCGAUCCGGAUAUGAAAAAAUCCGGAUAUCAAGACCACUUCUUUUAUAGUCUCUGCGUUUUCUCCUUCAUACAUUCCAGUAAUCAACGCCGUCAAUAACUUUCGUCGAUAGACACGUUUUAUAGAUUCUAUAAUAAAUUAUUUCGCCAUCUUUUAGUUCUUUUAGGUCGGGAUGAGAGGGUGCGUUGUCCAACAGCAGGAUUGCCUUUCUCGGUAGAUCCGGACGGCAGAACCGUCCGGAUAUGGGGAGGUCCGGAUAUGGCAGGUUGUACUGUAGUUUGAUUUUUGUGAAAUUAAAAUAUUAAAAUACAACAAAACAGAGUAAGAAAACAAUAUAUUAGAUGAAGAUUGGUAGAAAUGUUGUUGGUAAUCAAUGUAAAUCAAAGCAUUACCUACUAGAUAAGUAGGUACAUACAUUUUCCAAAUAAAAAAUUGGAAAAAAUACUUUGUAAAAGGUAUAAAAUUUUAUUAAAAUCCCUUUAAAGGGCUACAUCACAACAAAACGUUUAUUUUAUAGAAAAAUCAUCAUCAGUGUUUUUUUUUUUUUUUAUUUGUGACUUUAGCACUUAGCUAUUUAGCCAGAUACAACUUGAUAAUAAUUAAUACUAAUACAAAAAAACUAUUAAACCAUACAAAUUAUUAAAAAGAAAAACAUAUUAUUCUAAUUUACUUAAUACUAAAUAAAAAAGUGUCUAUCUAUACCUACUAUUGCAAACAGAUCAAAAUAGUCAAAAGAAAAAAAAACCUCUUAAAAAUUACUAAAAGACAUUACUAUAAAUAGGGAAAAGGAGGGAAAAUAAAAUCAUCAGUGUUAGAUAGACUGGAUGCUAGCUGAGCCACCAAAGAAAAAUAUUCGGGUAAAAACCCUUUAUAUAUAACAUGGAUGCAUUAAAAGUGCAUACUUUAAUAAAAUGCCUUAUGAUGGUCACAUGGCAGCUAGGAUAAUGCCCUAAGGUAAUGUAUUGAAUUUCCCAACACGUGGGAUGCAAAUUGAGUUGUUUACAUUCCAAUGACUUAAUGGCAACUUUAAUAAAAUUUUAUACCUUUUACAAAGGAUUUUUUCCAAUUUUUGUGAUUGAUGGUAUACAGCCAACUACAGGAAAAACAUUUUCUUUUCCUUGUGGAUUUUCCAAAAAGGUAAGUAGGUACCUAUGUAAUUUUUUAUUACAAUACUGAAACAUUUACAAUAAUUACGUACCUGUUGCUUUUAAAAACUAUUUAAAAAGUCACUACAGUUAUAAACUUGCUUUUUUCUCUGUCCUCACAACAAUAAAAAUUAAUAUACACAUUUGUUUACCCAUAACCGACAUAUUGAACAAUUGUUGACAGGCCAUUGUAAUUACCCAAUCAGAGCCCGUAUAACGUUUGAGCUGCGCUCAGGACCAAGACUUUUGAUGAAUUCGCGCACAUAUAAAUUUACUCCCAACGCGCCUAAAGAAGUAUGACUUCAAAAAAAGAUGGUAACGUCACUUAGCUGUAUAUUGCAAAAUGUGCAAUUAAAUUUAGGAAAUAAUGUAUAAAAAAUUAUUAUUUUAUAAGAAAAAUUAUAUUAAGUGAAUCAUUCCACAAUUGCUGCAGAAACGAACCUAUUAAAGAGCAUUAAAACUGAUUUUAGUAUUUUGUAAUUCAUUUUGUUUACUUUUUAUAUUUUUAUAACUCUCUUUAGGGUAACUUUUGUAUUUUUGUGUUUCAUAUGUUUAUGUUUGUUAAGUAAAUUAAAAAUAUUUUAUGUACUGUUAAUCUGACACUUACUUUAAAAUGAGAUGUGCAAAAUAUAUUUUUUUAAGAUUUAUGUAUAUCUAUUCCAAGUUUGUCAGAUGUCUUUAAUCCCUUAAUGCAUUUUUUAAAGGCCUACAAAAAAUCCAGUUGUUACAGUUGAUGCUCAUGCUUCUACACUCAAAUGGUUUAUAGCUCAGUGUACCACAUUAGAAGCAUUUAAUAUAGGUUAUUUUGAAAGCUGCCUCAUUUGCUCAUACUAGGUGGUUUCUUUUUAUCAAACUUCUUCAGCUCUUCAUCCAAUAAUCUA